UUAUUUACAGAACCAGAAUAUUUUGUGGAAAAAUAGUACAACAGGAAAUAAUAUGUGACUGAACUGCACAAAAUGUGUUACAUUGAAAACAAUAUCAAAGUACAAAAUUAUGCAUAAAAUACUGUUUUCAAUAGUACUUGCCUUUCUUUUGUGCAUAAUUGUACCAUGUACUGUGACAUUUGUGUAAUGUUAUUAACUAGUACUGAUGUUUUUUUAUUGUCGACACUAUUUUGUUACCUUAUUGUGUAAUAUGACUUUUAGUGCAAGCUCAUUCAUUUGCAUAUUUUAACUGAUUCAUAAUCUGUUUUUCUGCCUAGAUUCAAGUCUCUAUGCAAAUCAUGUCUUCAAUGUGUUUGACCAUGAUAGAGAUGGAAAAGUUUCUUUUGAGGACUUUGUCACUGGUCUGUCUUUAUCACUUUAUGGCAGUAGAGAGGAAAAAAUGAAAUGGGCAUUCCAGUUGUAUGAUUUGGAUGGCGAUGGCUGUAUAACAAGAGAGGAGAUGGCUACAGUAGUUCACUCAGUUCACUGUAUGAUGGGGCUUGAUUCACUGCCAGCAACAGCUGGAACAGAGAUGAGUGUUGAGGAACAAGUGAAUAGACUCUUUAUGUUGAUGGACACGAAUAACGAUGGUGUUAUAUCUGAAGAGGAAUUCUUAGAGGGGUGUGAAAAGGUUAGAAAACUGAAGGAUAAGUUCUGUAACUAUUUAAAAAUCUAGUGAAGUCAAAUGUUGUGCUUGUGAGGGAAAAUUGUAUUUUUUUCAGUAUUUCAAUGCAUGAAGGCACUUCGCAUUCUUUAACUGAUUGUGCUGUAUUGAUGUAACUCUACAUGUACCAGUGCUAUGAAACCGAAUGAUUCUGCUGUGGUCACCUUUGUAAUUAAUUAAGCCUGGCCAAUCUUUAAACAGGUAUCCCCUCUGUGUGAUUGUGCAUAGAUACCUGAACUGAUGUAAAACUUGAGAAUACAUGUAUCUCAUUUUAUAGGCUUGUAGCUAAUGAUGUAAAACUCAAAAUAAAUUAAGAUGUUUAU